AUGAAUCUCAGCAGUGACCUAGCUGCAAUAUUAGUCCUGCUCACAGGGCUUAGCUGGAUUAUUACAGAGGUGCAAGCAUAUUCUGCCUUUGAUUGCUGUUACAACUAUACUAAUAAGAAACCGCGUCUGAACAACAUUAGAAGUGUCUCCAUUCAGAAAUCCAGUGAGGUGUGCGAUAUUGAUGCUGUUGUUUUUAAAGUUGAACAUAAAAAUAAAAAGGGAAGCAGAGUUGUUAGCAUCUGUGCAAAUCCCCAAGAAGAAUGGGUUUUACAACUUAAAGAAGAUGCAAUGAAAAAACUUGCCUUGCCCAAACAUCAGCAGAAAAGAAAGAAAAUGGGAAAAAAGAAAAUGAAGGGCAAGAGGAAAUACAAACGAUCCUGGAAAAAUAAAAUGCAGAGGAAAAAAUGAGGGACCCAGAACAUGAGUCAAAAUCAGAAACACUCUGUAGCAGUGAAGUCUGCAAAAAGAACAUUAAAUUAUUUGUGACUAAGUCACCAUUACUGGUUUCUUCUGAAACUGUAAAUAUCCGUCCUUGGUUGAUUCAUAUUGCAUCAUUUAUAUAGCUUGUUAAAGCUUCCUUUUUAGAUCACAUUUUAUUUGUGAUCUUUUUCUAUAACUUUUCUAUGUAUUAAUAAAUAUAAUGUUUCAAAGUCAA